AUGAGCCCUCGAAAAGACAGACAUUUUGCCAAGACGGAUGCCGAAAGGGUUCUAGGAAAUAAAAAGGGUGAGCUUACCAAGGGGUCACACAGAGCCGAACUGCAUUUUGAAAUGCCUGAAUACAUCUGGCUUUCUAAUCUUAACGGGAACAUACACAUUCCCGAGCGAUUGUUGUCUUUAUUGAACGAGGAAGACCAGGAUAUUCCCGAUGAGGUUAAAGAGUUUACAUAUGUACAGCAACUUGACAAGAAUUUACUUUCGCGGACUUCUGUUAUUGGUCUAGGGUUUGGGUUGAUGAGUCCCGUACUUGGUAUGAGCACUACUAUGAGUAUUGGAUUGCUAAAUGGUGGAUCUCCAUCGAUAAUAUUUGGGUAUCUGAUAUGUGGGAUAAUGACGUGGAUUAGUUCACUGUCGCUCAGUGAGAUAGUCUCGAAGUACCCCAUAGAACUUCACGGUGCAGCGGCCAUGCUUGCGCCUGGCAGACUUCGGUUGCGUAUGUCUUGGUACUGUGGUUGGCUAAUGUUGUUUGGAAGUUGGACGAUGAGCACUAGUAUUACGUUUGCGGGUGCACAAUUGAUUAUUUCUUUGCUGACAAUGACUAAUGAAUCUCUGAUAGACUCCCGGUGGUUGACGUUAUGGACUGUGCUAAUGUUUUAUCUCAUUGUGACUGUGGUUGGAGUCAUUAAUCUAAAAUUUUCAAGUUUCAUUGAAACUAUCAAUAAGGUCUGUGUUUACUGGAUCUUAUAUGCGAUAUUAUUCACAAGUACACUUCUCCUAUUAUUCCAACCAAACCAUAGAUCAUUCAAGGAUGUCUUUACCAAAUUCGAUAAUAGUUUGUCGGGGUAUAGUUCUAUGGCCUUGUCAUUUUUAAUUGGAGGGUUUCAGCAAUCUAAUUUCACUUUCCAAGGGUUUGCGAUGUUAUCGGCAUUAUCUGACGAAACUGAGAAACCAGAGAAAGAUAUUCCUUACAGUAUGACACGCUCUGUGAUAAUCUCACUAGUUUCCGGACUAUUUUUCUUGAUCCCAAUGAUGCUCAUUCUACCUGAUGUCUCUGAGGUAAUGAAUCAUGAAGGUGUCAUGCCCAUCGUGCUUAUCUUCACAAAAUCUACUAAAUCGUUAUUCGUUUCCAUCUUCCUUGUUCUAUUGAUCUUGGGAAACCUAUUGUUUUCAGGUAUUGGCUCGGUGACUACAUCUUCAAGAGCACUGUACAGUUUAAGCCGUGAUCGUGGUAUUCCAUAUCAUCACCUCUGGACUUAUGUGGAUCCUGCGUCAGAAUCUAAGGUCCCUAAAUACUCCGUCAUGUUGUCUAUGGGAGUUUCAUAUGUAUUGGCACUCUUAGCUUUAAUAUCAACGGCCGCAUUCAAUGCAUUUGUCGGGUGUGCUGUCCUAUGUUUGUGCUCUGCGUCAAUGUUACCGAUCUUAUUAUCGUUAUACCAUAGAAGAAAAUUGGUGAAAGGUUCAGCAUUCAGAAUUAAAUACAGGUUAGGUUACAUCACGAACUGUCUCACCGUAAUAUGGUUACUGUUUACUAUGGUUAUCAUCAGUUUACCGCAAAAGGUUCCAGUCACUUUUAGAAGUAUGAACUAUUCAAGCGUUGUAUAUUUCCUUUUCAUGAUUAUGGUCACUGUCCUUUACGAUAGAUGGGGCAUAUAUAAUUUCCGUGCACCAUUGGUGGGAGAGUAA